UUUUUUCCUAGGCAGAGAUAAGAAUAGGUCGGCAAAUUGAUCGACUAAAUUAUUGAUUGAUCCGAUUAUUUGUGGAUUGCUGUUUGUACUCAUAUCACACACACACACACGGGUUAAGGACUCAUUUUGAGUUUGCAUAGAUUUAGAGCUGAAUGGUAAUAGUGUGGUUAUUGGUAGAGUUACAGUGUGGUUGAUACAGGCAGUCUUCUUUAAAAUCGGUAAGAGCCAGGAAAAUGAAUCCGGCUACAUUGGACACCUAAAUCCACCGCUUUGAGUUCAUCGCUCUCCGUCUCAUCCAAUGAGUUGAGAGAAUGAUUAGGCGACUAUUACUAUCGCUUGUGUAGGACCCUGAACAACAUACUUGCCAUGGUCGCUUGUUUGAAUCUGUGUUAGUGGAUUGGAGUAUACGUAAAGAUGACUACCGCGGCUAGGCCAACGUUCGAACCCGCUCGAGGAGGGCGAGGCAAAGGAGAAGGCGACCUGAGUGCAUUAUCAAAACAGUAUUCCAGCCGAGACCUACCGGGGCACACUAAAAUCAAGUACAGGCAACCCACCCAGGAUGCUCCCGAGGAGGUGCGUGCCCGUGACUUCCGCCGUGAGCUGGAGGAGCGUGAGCGAGUUGCUGUGAGGGACAAGACUAGGGAGAGGGGACCCAGGGAGCACACCACAUCUUCGUCAUCGUCCUCGUCCUCUAAAAGGCCCCGUCUCGAUCAGAUCCCAGCUGCAAACUUGGACGCAGAUGACCCACUCACAGAUGACGAUGAAAACUCUGAUUCCGACUCCGACAGCGAUGAUGACACUGCUGCCCUGUUAGCUGAACUGGACAAAAUUAAGAAGGAGAGGGCAGAAGAGCAGGAGAGAAAGGAGAGGGAGCAGAAGGCAGAAGAGGAGAGGAUCCGAAUGGAGAACAUCCUGAGCGGAAAUCCACUGCUUAACCUGGCAGGGCAGCAACAGGCAGCACAGACCCAGGCGUCCUUCCAAGUGAAGAGGAGGUGGGAUGAUGACGUGGUUUUCAAGAACUGUGCCAAAGGAGUCGAUGAGGCCCGGAAAGAGAAACGUUUCAUCAAUGACACCCUUCGCUCUGAGUUUCACAAAAAGUUUAUGGAGAAGUAUGUUAAGUAGCAGUUGUCAACGGAGAACAUGUGUGUUUUACUCUCUUGUCUGUCUUUGUUCAAUUCACUCAAUAAAGUUAUUUGUAUCUUUCACAUA